AGCCAUUUUGGCUCAAGAUUGACUCGAGGUCCCGAGCUGGUCUGCGCUUUUCGGAGGAUCAGUCAACCCCACGAUCAAGCAGGGGAGAUGUGCAGCCCGACUCUGCCUGCCUUCAGCUGCCUAUUGUCGUACGCCUUUGUUUCGGCAGCGCACUUGACUGCCCGAGAGAGCGUGCCCCUCAGCAGCGACGCAGCAGGCGACUGUGUGUUCAUGCAGCGUGCUGCCCACCUCCAAGCGGGCACCACUGGGGCUUUGCGAGGGAAUGAUUGCGACGAAGCGUCAUGGCCAGAUAAGGACCACAAUCUGGUUUGCGGUGAGUGCAAAGUGCUGGUCGAUCGAUUCAGCUCCUUCUACAAGACGUGCUCAGGAUACUGUGCCUCUAUCGGGCGGCGGUGCACAGGUGCUUGGGAGGAGCAGAACGACGACUGCGCAGUACAACGUGGUCUGACAUGUGAUGAGAGCAUCGCUUCCAGCGAUGCAAUCUGUGAAUGUGGCGCAGAAGCCGCAGCGGUUGGCGAUAUUUGCUAUGGCGAGUUUCCAGAGCUGGCAGUCGAGGAGGGCAGCACGGUCGGCGAGCAGCUGAGUUCAGCGUCCCUGGCGGAGUGCGAGGCGGCAUGCGAUGGCAAUUCGGCCUGCAACAGUUUCUCCCUGUGCCCGCAGUGGGGCUGCUGGAUGAAGGACCAGAGCUUCUCUGGCUCAGAGAGCACCAAGUCACACUACGGCUGCCAGACCUACUACAAGAAAGCCUGCACAGGCGCAGGCACGCCAGAUCCCACGCCGUCUCCGACUCCCGCGGCCACUGCAGAACAGUACUGCUUCGGCGAGCUGCCCCAUCUGGCAGUGGAGGAAGGCAACACUGUUGGCGAGCAGGUGUACACCGCGUCCGCGACGGAGUGCCAACGGGCCUGUGACAACAAUCCGGCAUGCAACAGCUUCUCGCUCUGCCCACAGUGGGGCUGCUGGAUGAAGGACAAGAGUUUCUCUGGCAACGAGGCCACGAAGGAGUUCUAUGACUGCCAGACGUACUACAAGACGCGGCAGUGCGACAACAGCAGCAGUGGUGGUGGCGUUCCGAUGCCCACAUCUGCUCCAACCACCCCGAGCAUUUUGGCGACCGUGAAGGUCAUGAGCUACAACACGGAGUAUGUCGGCUAUCCCAGCCGGGUCAGCCAGUACGGAGCCAAGGUCAGAGAAGUGGGCGCAGUUGUCGUGGGUACCCAGGAAUGCCAGGACAAGCUUGCCCUGUCCAACGCCGCUGGCUACAGCGUGGUGCCAGGCACGGGCUUCCAGAACCCGAUCCUGUACAAUUCUGGCAAAGUGUCUUACGUUGAAGGCACGGGCGGCUACAUGCAGAUCCCCAACGACAACUACGCCGAGAGAACGGUGACGUGGGCCCAGUUCCGGACCGGAGGCGCCGCCUGGUGGUUCUUCAACACGCACUUGCCGCACCCCCACGGCGCCGCUGCAUCUCGGAACACGCACGCGGGGAUUGCGAACAUGGUCCUGCAGAAGAGGAGGGAGUUGGGCGCCGGGGAUUCGGCCACGGUGGUCACGGGCGACAUGAACCCCUUCGCGUCGAGCGGGGCCUCGGAAGGCAGCUUCGAGAGCAACCUCGUGGCGGGGGGCUUCCUCAAGGCGUACCAGGGGCGCGGCAACCCCGGGUACGGGGGGCUCGACAAGAUCUUCGCGUCUUCGGCGCAUUGGGCUGCCUCGAACGGCGCAGACCACGGGACCGGAGGCAGCGACCACCCCGCGAUCGCCGUGGAUUUGACGCUCAAGGCGUGAAUCAAGCUUGGCCUCGCGAGUUUGCUGGCCGCUCUGCAAACACUCACAAGCUCAGUGCGACGACUAUCCAUGAAGGGCUAGUUCGGCAUCACGUUUCCCUGUCGUAACAGUCUCGCCACGCAGCAUCAGCCAUGCCUCAGUUUUGCGAUCACCCGUUUUCAGAACGCGGUCGAGGUCUUUCCAGGCAGCAGCCGCGUUCUUCUGCCUGCUGCAUGGGGAGCGCUGCUGCUCCGUACAGGGCGCAGCAGCGGCCUCAGCCGCGCAAACCGAGCGUUCCCGCUCGGCCAUUCCGUGAUGGAGGCGGCCGAUGCUACAGAGCGCGUGGGCAUUUGCAGUGUUGUGCACAGCGCCUAGGCGACCGAUUGCAAGUGAUCACGUGCGCUCACGCCGCGAACGCAGGCAAAGGGGAUCAACAA